AUGGCGGAUUCUGCCUCUUCCCCCGCAACCCUACCCCCCAAUCCCCAACCCUCCGAAUCCGCACCUCCCAACCCACCCGAUCCACUCCCCCAAUCCUCAACACCACCUUCAUCCACGCCCCUCGCCGCAAACCCUAAUCCCAAUCCAACGCUGCUCCCUCCGCCGCCCGCGUUACUCUUUCCUGCCGGCACUCCGCCGCAGGUCCCCGGCGUUCUCCCUCCGUCAUUCCGCCCGCUCGCUCCUCAGGUACCACAAUUCUCCCCCGUCCCCGCGCCCCACCCGGUCUACCAAAACCCUACCGUUCCGCCGCCCGGCGUUGCCAGCGCCCCGGCGCCGCCGCAGAUGCAGCCGAUGAUGUCGUACCAGGUUCAACCCGGUAAUCCGGUCAUGCGACCCUUCGCUCCGAUCCCUAACGGUUACGCUCCAGCUCCGACCGCAAAUCCCGCGGGAAUUCCUCGUUACCCCCCUCCUUAUGGAACUAUGGUUCGUCCUGUAUUUCCUCCACGACCUCCUGGAGCAGUUAACUUACCUCCAAUAUCACGCCCACCUGUUGCAGGGAUCCCUACUGUUCGCCCAAUUAUUCCUCCUGUUGUCAGACCUUUGGUAGCCCCUAGUGUUACUCCAGCUGAGAAGCCUCAAAACACCGUUUAUAUUGGCAAGAUUGCAUCAACUGUGGAAAAUGAGUUCAUGCUCUCUCUCCUUCAAUUAUGCGGAACUAUCAAGACCUGGAAACGUCCUCAGGAUUUAUCAACUGGAACUCCUACCAGUUUUGGGUUUUACGAGUUUGAGUCUGCAGAAGGGGUUCUCCGUGCCUUGCGUCUCCUUACUAAAUUGAAUAUUGAUGGGCAAGAACUAAAGGUAAACGUGAAUCAAGCUAUGAAAGAACAUCUGGAGCGGUAUGUUCAGAAAAAAACUGAGAACUUGAACAAAGAAACUCAGGCAGGAGUAGUUGAAAAAGAUGAAGGUGAACAACCUUCUAAUGCAAAUGAGGAUACAAAGGCUGUGAAAGAACCCUCAAAUAAAGCGGAUAGUGAAUCAGUGAAUAAGGAAUCCCCUGAUGCAACAAACUUUGGGAUUGUCACUGAUGAAGAUAGAGAAGUGGACCGUGAGGCUUUAGAAAAGAUUACAAAGAUGAUAGAGGAAAGGCUGAAAACAAGACCUUUGCCUCCACCACCUGCACAGCCAAGUGCUGACGGUUCUGUGAAUUUAACUUCAGAACAAUCUGUUAAAACAAGAGAUGGAGACUCUGUUGUUGAUACAGAGAAGAAUGAAUCUGCUGAAAAUAAAAAUGAGAAAGAGACAAGCAAUGAGAGACCAAGCAGCGAACAUGAUAGGCCUGAAAGCCCUGACAGAAGGCAUGAUAGAAAAAACAGAGAGAGAGACCGAGAUAGGGAACUAAAACGAGAAAAGGAAAGAGAACUUGAAAGAUAUGAGAGAGAAGCAGAACGGGAACGAGUUCGGAAAGAGAGGGAACAAAGACGAAGAAUUGAGGAGGCUGAACGUCAGUAUGAAGCAUAUCUGAAGGAAUGGGAGUACAGAGAGCGAGAGAAAGAAAAAGAGCGGCAGUAUGAAAAAGAGAAGGAGAAGGAAAGGGAAAGAAAACGGAGAAAGGAGAUACUUUAUGAUGAAGAGGAUGAGGAUGAAGAUUCUAGGAAAAGGUGGCGUAGAAGUGCGAUAGAGGAGAAGAGAAAGAAGAGGUUGCGUGAGAAGGAAGAUGACCUGAUUGACAAACAAAAGGAAGAGGAAGAAAUCGCCGAGGCUAAGAAAAAGGCCGAGGAGGAACAGAAGCGGCAAAGAGAUGCUUUAAAACUAUUAUCUGAGCAUGUGGCAAAUGGUGGUAAUGAAAAUAUGAUUACUGAAGAGGUUACUAAUGAAGUCAAAAGCAAUGUUACUGAACCAGAUACUGUAGCUGAUUAUAGUGGUGAAGAUCAUACUGGUGAUGGGAAUGCACUAAAUGUCACCAAUGAUGAAUUAACCAUAGUUGCUCCAAAUGAUACACAAGGGAAUGCUCCUACAAAAAAAUUGGGUUUUGGCCUUGUUGGUUCAGGGAAAAGAACAACUGUUCCUUCUGUUUUCCAUGAAGAGGAGGAUGAUGAUGCACACAAGGACAAAAAACUGAGGCCAUUGGUUCCAAUUGAUUACUCAACUGAAGAAUUGCAGGCUGUUCAACCUACAGUUCCUGGAGCAACCCCACCAAAUUUGGCUGCUGCUGCAGAAUUUGCAAAGCGAAUAUCUAGUACAAAUUUCAAGGAAGAUAAGCUAGAUGGAGAACGUGAUAGAAGUAGGCGAUCAAACGAUAAAUCUAACCACCGGGACAGGGACAGAAAUGAUGAAGAUGGUAUUCACAACAGAGAUGAAAACAAGGAGAGAAUGUCUGAUCGUGACAGGGAUCGAGAUCAUGGAUCGGAGAAAGUUAAGACUUCUGAUAACAAGAGGCUUUUGGAUGCUAAACAAUUGAUUGAUAUGAUACCAAAGACGAAGGAGGAGUUGUUCUCAUAUGAGAUAGACUGGGCAGUGUAUGAUAAGCAUCAAUUACAUGAAAGAAUGAGACCGUGGAUUUCAAAGAAAAUCAAAGAGUUUUUGGGAGAAGAAGAGACUACAUUGAUAGAUUAUAUUGUUUCCAGUACACUAGAACAUGUGAAAGCUUCCCAAAUGCUUGAGCGUCUUCAGAUUAUUUUGGAUGAAGAGGCUGAAAUGUUCGUUCUAAAGAUGUGGAGGAUGCUUAUCUUUGAAAUAAAGAAGGUAGAGACAGGUUUAGCUUUGAGGUCAAAAUCUUGA